AUGAGUACUCUGGCUACCCGUCCUAUAACGCACUCGCUGCACUAUAGCCAAGAAGUUUUGAAUAGAGUUUCUUUUCUAAGAAAAGAUCCGCAAUUUAUAGAUGAAGCUUUAUCACAUUCGGAAACCCAAUUCAUUCCGUUUGAGAAUUAUCUUCCAUUUGUGAAUGAGCGAGAUGGACUCCUAUUGAGACUACGAAAGGUGGAGGUGAGCAGUUUCUUGGAUGGAGAAACCUCUUCUCAAAAUUUUGUAUUCUUAGGACUUCUAUUCUCUGGCCAAUCUAACUUCGUUUACAGAUCCAGAUAUAGAGGAACGCCCACCUUUGCCUUAGAUAUAUCCAAUGGAGGAUUAAGCCAAUGUAAUCUUUUGGAAACUUCGAAACCAGUGCGAAAGGUGGAAAAUUUCAAGGAUCUCAACCGACUCACACUCGAAGAUUCGAGCAUAGUUUCGCAAGCUAGAAUGUAUCUGCAAUGGCUAGACACUCACAAGUUUUGCUCGAUAUGUGGUUCGAAGACCACACAUGUGUAUGCUGGUACGCAACUGAAAUGUUCAAACGGCGACUGUGCUUCGAAUAAGGGCGUCUCUAAUGUGUGCUUUCCUAGAACUGAUCCGGUGGUGAUAAGUGCCAUUACCAACCGUGACAACUCCAAAGUGCUUCUGUGCAGAUCUGGCGCUCCAAGAAAUAAAGAUCGAAAAUUGUACAGCUGUGUAAGUGGAUUUGUGGACCCGAGCGAAACACUGGAGGUAGCCGUCGCUCGAGAAAUUUGGGAGGAAACAGGUCUUCACACCGACAAAGUUGAGAUCUUGGUUAGCCAGCCAUGGCCUUUCCCCAACAAUCUUAUGAUAGGAUGUAUCGCAAUCGCAGACGAUACUCAAGUCCCCGACCUAACCCACGAUUGUGAGUUGGAUGAAGUAAGAUGGGUUCCAUGUUCUGUGCUUGAAAAAAUCCUGAAGCAGGACGAUAGCGACUCGGGCUUUAUUCAAGAUGAACUCACAGGGCUCAACUUACCUAACAACAGAUCUGUUGCACAUAUGCUAAUGGACUUCAUUGUCAAGACUAGCAAGAAGAACACAGUGGAGAAGUAG